UACAAACCCUAAUUUCUUCUCUCUAAAGCAAAACCAUUUCCUCUGUAAAACUAAACUAAAUACGAUCAUGAAGCUCGUCUGGUCACCGGAAACAGCCUCUAACGCUUACAUCCACACCGUUAGAUCCUGUAAAAGCUACAAAGAAUCGAGCGUGGCGGAGUUUUUAUCGGCUACGGCGGCGGGAUGGAACACGAGGCUGAUCGUUGAGACUUGGUCACGUGGAGAUCCGAUCGCAACCAGCGUCGGGCUCGCCGUCGCGGCCAUACACACACGUGGAAGACACGUGUGCAUAGUUCCUGACGAGGAGUCGAGGUCUGAGUACGAGGCGGUGAUGAAAAGAGCCGUUAGGAGUGAAUCAACGGAGGUGAUGGUUGGAGAAUCGGCGGAGGACGUGGUGGAGAGAAUCUCCGGCGUGGAUUUCAUGGUGGUUGAUUCGAAACGCCGCGAGUUCGUCAAGGCGUUGGGGUUGGCGAAAACGAGCAAAAUGGGCGCCGUUUUGGUGUGCAAAAACGCCACGCAGAAAUCUAUCCCUUGGUUUAAAUGGCACGGUGUUUUGAGACGAGGCACACGUGUCGUGAGAUCGGUGUACUUACCCGUUGGGAGAGGAUUAGAUAUCGCACACGUGGGAACCAGUGCUGGUGUUGGUAAUGAUUUGAAAAAGCUUCCUAGCCGUUGGAUUAAACACAUUGAUCCUCAAUCUGGAGAGGAACACUUGUUUAAGCUUUAAGCAAAACAUGCAAUGUAUUUUUCCUAAAUUUCUAAUCAUGUUGAUACAUAUAAAAGAAUCUGGCCAAGUCAACAACGUGUGAUGAUGAUUGAUGAUAUGUUUUCAAUUGUAUAGCUUCCUUUUGUUUCGACA